AUGAACUGCUCCCCUCAGGAGCCCGUCCCCCAGUUAAUGGCUGCCCCGGCUGGCCUGCCCUGCGGCGGGCGAGCUCGGUUGGGGAGGGUAGGCCCGCCACACGACGUGGUGACCGUAUUCACCCCUGUAAAGCAUGCUAAGGCGCUGCGGGUUGGCGUGCGUCUCUGGGCAAGGUUCAUCUUGCACAUGUUGAAUGUUGGGAAAAGCAAACAGCCCUUGUGCCGACCCCCCAGUAACAGCUCUUCUCUGUCUCUUUUUGAUUUGCAGAACAACCAAGUUCUUGGGAUCGGAAGCGGCUCUACCAUUGUCCACGCGGUGCAUCGAUUAGCUGAGCGGGUUAAACAGGAGAACCUGACGAUUGUCUGCAUCCCUACGUCUUUUCAGGCCCGUCAGCUGAUCCUGCAAAACGGCUUAACGUUAAGUGACUUGGACCGACAUCCAGAGCUCGACGUUGCGAUCGAUGGAGCGGAUGAAGUGGACUCUGACCUCAACCUUAUCAAAGGUGGCGGUGGUUGCUUGACGCAGGAGAAGAUAGUUGCAGGAUAUGCAAAAUGCUUCAUUGUUAUUGCUGAUUACAGGAAAAAAUCAGAGCGCCUCGGGGAGCAGUGGAAGAAGGGAAUUCCUAUCGAAGUCAUCCCCAUGGCUUACGUCCCCGUCACCAGAGCCCUGACCAAAAACUUCGGAGGCGCGGCAGAGCUGCGGAUGGCUGUUAGCAAAGCGGGCCCGGUGGUGACGGACAAUGGGAACUUCAUCCUGGACUGGAAGUUCGACAAGGUUCAUGAAUGGAGUGAAGUGAACACCGCUAUAAAAAUGAUACCAGGUGUGGUGGAGACCGGGCUCUUCAUCAACAUGGCAGAGGUGGUGUACUUUGGCAUGGAGGACGGCUCGGUCAGCGUGCGGGAGAAGCAGCCUCGCUGAGGCCGGCGCGCCGCCUGCUCUGCUUCGCCUUCGGCCAGUUUGAUUCAGCUGUCGUAACGGUGCCCACCUGAUGUUUUGCCUUAACGAGCAGCGGUUAUCGCAGAAGACAGAGGGGAAGUUGAUCAGAAUCCGCUGACGUGAUACUGAAUGUCUUUUUUUAAAAACAAACAAAAAAAUAUAUUCUAUUUCUAUAUAUAUAUAUUUUUACUUUACAGGAAUGUUGUCUUUUUUUAAAGAAUCAUUUAAACAAAUUGCUUUAACAUUUUUAUUUUAUUUUCUAAGAAAUACUUACCAAAAA